GGAGGUUACAACCACGUCCCGCAACCACUACUGCGAAGUAUGCGUGAGAGCUUCGAAGUGCUUGAUAGCAGCAACUCCGGCACGAUCGACUCUGCCGCAGUGGCGUCCAUGCUCGAACAGAUGGGCAUGGACAACAGCGCAGGGUCUCUGCGCGGCUUCUUCCCAACAAACGGCUCGAUACAGCUAAAUUUGGCACGUUACCUGGACAUCCUGUCCGGCCCACUAGCAGAGCUGAGUCACCAUGACGAGCUGUCCGCAGCAUUCGAGGCGUUUGACGUGGAUGAUAGCGGGCAGAUCGACGUUGCAGAGCUACGACGGGCGUUGGUGAGCACCGCACCCGAUCCAGGCGAAGACGCUAUCCGCUUGAGCGAAAGGGAGAUAGAUGGCAUAUUGGGUGAGUUUGCAAGCCGACGCCAUUUCGGCGGUAAGGGUGUGAAUGCGGCGAAAGCGAAGGGCGAGGUGUUCAGGUAUCGAGACUUCAUGGCCAACGUUUCGGGU